AUGGCAGGCACUUCGAGAGGCGGUGAGGCUGCCCUGAGGGCCUACCUACAGCGCGCCGAUGUGCAGCAAGGCCUGCGAAUCUCAGCCAUAGGCUAUGUCUACGUGCAGCCCUGCAUCUGCCUAAUCGGCUUCAUCCUCAACAUCAUCAACAUUUAUGUCUUCCAGCGUAAGACCUUCUGCUCCACACCCGCCUACAUGCUUGUUCUCGCUCUAUCCAUUGCUGAUGCCAUUACCCUCGGACUACGCAUUCCUCAGGGUCUCACCUACUAUCGUGGAUCGUCCUCGGUGACGCAGACAAUGGCAAUCUACGCAUACAUCUACGCCACGUACGCGGAGGUGCCGAUUACCAAUAUGACAGAGAACAUGAGUGCCUGGCUAACGGUCUGCCUCGCUCUGGAGCGCUACGUAGCGAUGCGUCACUGGAACUUUGCCCGGCAAUACUCUACGCGCCAAAACACUAAGCGCCUCAUCAUCAGCAUCGCCCUCGUCUCUGUCCUCUUCAACCUUCCCUACUUCAUGAUACACCGAAUCGAGUUCAAGCGGUUUGCCAACGGUUCCAUGCGGGUCAUCACUAACGCCACCGCCCUUCGACGCUCUACGUUCUACACCGUCUACUCAUGGUUCCGAAUGACCAUCGUCCAAAUUAUCCCCCUUGUCUUUUUGUGCAUUCUUAACGUCCUUCUAAUCACCAUAGUCUAUCAACACAACAAAAAAUUUGGUAAGAAUACGGAGGUAGAACAAAAGAGCAACCACUUAUCGUUAGGAACGGAGGGAACCGGUGCCGAUGAAACAUCCUUAAAGGAUACCACUGUGGGGGACUUGCAGCUAAUUCAACGUCGCCAGAAGAAACGCAAUGCCCAGAGAAAGCUGAACAUCCUCCUCAUUGCUGUAAUUUUGCUCUUUCUCUUCGGCGCCAUUCCCCAAGCCUUCUCGUAUAUUCGCAUCUUCGAGGCAUUCGGCACAUGUGAAGAGGCAUUCCACUACUGCCCCACCUACGUUGUCUACCGGAUGGUGACCACAAAUAUUGCUCUCAUUAGCUACGGACUCACCUUCUUUUUAUACUUCUUUCUCAAUCAGCACUUUCGGAAUGAGCUGCAAAAGUGUAUCUAA